AUGCGAGUCCCGCUCGAGAUUCUCGAGAUCAUACUCCGGGAAGCGGUCGAGACCCUGUCCUACCGAGACAUUCUGCGAUUCAGGCUCGUCAACCGCACUUUUAAUGAGGCACUUUGGCCGAAAAACGCCCAUCUCGACAAUAAAAGGACUCUUUUCACGUCAUGGCGUACUUUCCCUUAUAAGCAGAAAUACAUUUGGUAUUUGAUUGAAGAGCACAAGAAGAGACCAUCUUUCUUUUCAAGUUUGAUUGAGCGCAUUCUGGAUCUGCCUCAUAUUGCGCUUAUGAGCGACGAAGAGCAACAUAUCAUCAUCGAUAAGAUGGUAGGUGCUGUGAUGGGGAGUCGCGAUGAUCCUGAGGUUUUAUUUGGACUCCGUAGCGAUCGAGACUACGCUCGCAAGUUAAGACGCACCUACACCUCUAAUGAGCGUCUGGAGUCCGCAAAAGAUGCACUCGCGGCGGGACUCGCCGUCAGUGCGAUCCGCCGAGGGGACCAUGAGGAGCUGCAAGCAAUGUUUGAUCAGGGUGCUAGGUCCAAGAUUUUUAAUUGGAAUUACACUCUUGGUAUGGUGCCGAUCGAUAUGGCCUACAAGGUGGGCACGCGAGAGGUCAUCCGGACGCUAGUGAAGAACGGUUGUCCGAACCGCUACGAAACUUGUUCGUCGUGGUGUCAUGAUAGCACGUGUGGGCUGGCUGUAGCUGCGCGGCAUGGAAAUCAAGAGGUGCUGGAGACGUGGAUUACCCUUUUGAGCGAGCGCGCGAACCAGCUUGGGAAGAAUCUCUUCUCGGAAUUGCGUGCGGCUGUGCUGGGAGUGCUACGGAUCGGCAAAACCGAGAUGGUUCCUAUCUUGGAGAAAUAUAUGAAUUGGUCACAGUCGGAUAUGGACCUUCUCUGGGUUUUUUGCUUUAAUGACGCUGUCAGGAACGGGAUGUUGGAAGUUGUGCAAUGGCUUCUACGUCGUGAAGGAUCUUCGGUCGCAACGCGGACCUCUCCUAGGCAUAAGACCCCCCUAUCCAUCGCGCUACACGACUGUCCUUCCGAGAAAAGAUUGGCAAUGAUCCAACUCUUACUUGACAAUGGGGUCGAUCCUAAUGGGGAUCCUGGAGCCUCACAGACCCCCAUCCAGCGAGCCAUCGGAGACGGGGAGGUGGAAGCCGCGAUGCUGCUGCUGAAGGGGGGAGCCAACCCAAACGCAGUGGGGAGAAGGGGGCCACCAUUACGUACGGCCACUCGGUUGGGAAAUACAAGGCUGGUGAAAUGCUUGUUGGAACACGGGGCCCGAAGCAGCUACCAGUUCAAGGGAAUGAAAUACGUCGUGAGGCAGGAUGCGAGGGUGCUGGGUAACAUUGAGCGGCUGCUGGAGGAGCUGGGGAUGACGGAGGAAGAUCCUGCCGCCACGCAGGAACUGGGGUAUUUUGUUCUGGCGCAGAAAUGUAAUGUACAGUAUAGAUGA